GACUGUGGAGAGGCUAUGUGGAGUUUCUGAGAUCAUCAUGUCAGUCUUAAACAGCCCAGAUCCAUGUGGUGAAAAGAAAUUGGCUGACAGGAACACAGGUCAUCGCGAUGAUAAUGUUAUGCCGUCCACGGCUGACAUUUCCAACGUGGCCACUAGGGGCAGUCCACGCUUUGGAGCCUUGAGUCACCACUCCUUCUUUUCCAGACACAACCCUCACCCACACAGAGUCACACACAUCCAAGGUCUGAAUGGGAUUCCAGUAUGCAUGGUGAAUGAUGACUGGUACGUGACCACCUCACUAUUCCCCCAUCCGCUCACCAAGAGCCAGGUAUUCAGGACUAGUACAGGAGCUCCUUUCUCCCUGCCUGCAGAACACAGCGUGUAUGGGGGCAGAUACAGAACCGGACACAGAACAGCUCUGUUAUCAGAAGCCUGGAAAGAGGAGUUGAAAGAUCUCUCUGCAAAAAUCAGCAUUUCUACUCAGGACAGAAAGGACAAAAAAUAUGUGUGUGUGUGUGUGUGUGCGUGCAUGUGUGUGUGUGUUACUAUACAGGAGAAUCGAGAGGAGGGUCUGGUCCGGAGGAAGACCCAGUACUCGGCCCAGACAGGGAGGAUCAUCCCUCCCUCCUCUCAGACCCACCGUCACCCCCCUGCCCCGGCUCUACAUCACCAGGAACUUAUGGUGCUGGAGCUGCUCUGUCAAAUCCUUCAGACUGACUCCUUAUCAUUGGUCCAGCAGUGGCUGCUGCUUGCAGGCCAGAGGGAGAAGGACCUGGUGAUGGGGUUGAUUCAACAGGCCAUGAAGGAUAGUGACUUCCCCAGGCAGCAGAGGUUGGCUGAGGGCGAAGAGCCCAGACACCAUCCACGCACCUCUUUGUCAGGCUGGGUGCUUACCAGCUGCGGACAUAGAAAACUAAGACUUCAUACCAGUUCAUCCCGAAUGCAGCUGCCAAUCAGUAAGGAGGACAAACCAGAGAGGAUUGGAGAAGCAGAGGUCCUUGAGGUCCACCCAGAAAGCCCGAAACCCCCCGAAACUAAGAAACAUCUUCCCCAGGAUGAUCAGAAUGAGCAGUGUGAUCAGAAUGAUUAGACUUCCUUACAUUGUAAUGAUUCUGUUUUCAUAAUUUAAUGUGGUUAGUAGGAAGCCUCUUUCUGUAUUCAGAAACAUUCUCUGACUAGAUAUUCUGUAUGAUGUAACACCGUUGUCAUGGUUCACUUCUCAAACAAUUCUGAGCCAAUUAAAUCAGAUUAUUGUGCCCA